UGAUUAGAAAAUAAUAAUCCGGUCCCUCCUUCCCGGACCUUAAAACCCGAUUCGGAUUAGUCAAAGAGUCAACGCGUUCUCUUCCUACACUAAAUUACGAAACUACCCCUCUAUUUAUCCUCCUCGCCUCACUAACCCCCGAAAGCCACACAAACGCGACGAACACAAUCAGAGCUCAUUUUCGGUUUCUCAGCUCCAUAGCUAAAAGGAAAAUCGGGAUUCACUUCGUUUGGAUCUCAUCUCUGCACUUCGAUGAUCUGAUUGAUCCGAUCCAUUCGACUAGUCGUCAUGGACAGGAUCGUUGGCGGCAAAUUCAAGCUCGGCCGGAAAAUCGGUAGCGGCUCGUUUGGUGAAAUAUUUCUUGCUACGAAUAUCGACACAUUCGAGAUCGUUGCUGUCAAGAUUGAAAAUAGCAAAACAAAGCAUCCCCAAUUAAUAUACGAGGCCAAGCUAUACAUUACUCUUCAAGGAGGAAGUGGCAUUCCGGGCAUAAAAUGGUCUGGCGUAGAUGGGGAGGAAAAUGUGCUUGUUCUUGAUUUGCUGGGACCUAGUUUGGAGGAUUUGUUUGUGUAUUGUGGAAGGAAAUUUUCAUUAAAGACAGUCGUAAUGUUGGCCGAUCAGAUGAUUACGAGGAUAGAGUAUGUGCAUUCAAAAGGAUAUUUGCAUAGAGACAUAAAACCAGACAACUUCCUCAUGGGUCUUGGUCGGAAAGCAAAUCAGGUUUACAUAAUUGAUUUCGGACUUGCAAAAAGAUAUAGGGAUUCAACAACCAAUCGUCACAUUCCUUACAGGGAGAACAAAAACUUAACAGGGACUGCGAGAUAUGCAAGCUGCAAUACACAUCUUGGAAUUGAGCAAAGUCGAAGGGAUGAUUUAGAGUCACUUGGAUAUGUACUUCUGUAUUUCUUGAGAGGAAGCCUUCCAUGGCAGGGUUUAAAAGCUGCUACAAAAAAGCAAAAAUAUGACAAGAUAUGCGAAAAGAAGUUAUCAACUCCCAUUGAGGUUCUAUGUAAAUCUCAUCCUGUGGAGUUCGCAUCAUAUUUCCAUUAUUGCCACUCAUUGACAUUUGAUCAAAGACCUGAUUAUGGAUUCCUGAAGCGGCUAUUCCGUGAUUUGUUUGCUCGUGAAGGAUAUGAAUUUGAUUACAUAUUUGACUGGACUAUCAUAAAAUACCAGCAGGCACAAAAAAAUAAAACACAAGCUCGAUUGUCUCCAGCUCAUGGAGGCAGCAAUAAUCAUUCAAUGCAAAUGGAUACAGGUAGUCACCAAGUGGCUGGAGCUGCUAAUGUUUCUUACUCACCGGAGGUCACAGAUCGCAUUCGAUCUACCAACGCUACUGGUCCUAGCAUUCGCAUGCAAUUUAAACAGCCAGCGACAAAGAAUUUGAGUUAUGAUAAUCCUCUCGAAAAGAAUCUUGUCAGUGAUGUGUAUACGCCAUCUUCUUCUCAUGCACUUGCUGGAACCUCAAGAAGACAUGUUCAUAAAUCUGUUUUGCCUGCUGAAGCUGCAAAUUCUGGUCAUGAAAGUGGUAAUAAAGUGGGUCAUUCAAGUAGCUGGAUUUCAUCUCUUCAACGUGUCUCUUCUGCCAAGUGAUAUAUAAGUGUCCUGGGUCAAGAGUUUCUCUACCAAGUUGUUCAUGUAGCUGCAGAUAUGAGGUGAUUUUGAUGGUCUUUUCCUCAAAUUCGUCUGUUUGAGAAGAAAACAGUGAUGCAUCAGUGGACUGCAAAGUUGUUAAAUUUGAUGAUUUGCAUUGGUUCCCCAGUUACUGCAAUAGCUCGCAUUAUUCUUCUUUAAGGUUACUGCAAAUGCCUUAGUUGUUGUGAAAUACAGAAAACAUAAAGCUUGGUUUCUGUGUUGUACAUAGAUAUGCUAUAAGAACACACAGCGAUCUUGUAUUCAUAUUUCUUUUGUGUAAUGUGAAUGACAUGUGAAGUUUUUUUUUU